AGGAGGAUUUGAACUCGGGACCUCGGGAUUACAAAUCCAGCGCCCUAUCCAGUAGGCCACGCUGCCUCCACAAAGGACAUAAAUCGCGCGCGAGUUUUUUUGAUACUGAACUAACUUAAAUUGAGAAAACUAAGUUAACUGAACUGAUUGCCUUCCGGUUUCCCGAUCUGCUAGUAGUUGUUAGUAUAUGAUGGAAAGCAACUUUACGUUAGAUACACGUGCUCAAAAAGGAAUCAUCCCAAAGAUAUCAUCAAUCCCAUAAAUUUGAUUUACUGUGGAGGCGGCGUGGCCGAGUGGCUGAUGGCGCUGGAUUUGAAUUCUGGAGUUCCCUGGUUUAAAUCCCCUUGCACCCUACCGCUAUCUGGAUUUGUUCUCAGCAGCCCCAAGUGCCACUUCUCGACCACGCUGUGUAAAUAGCCAAAUGGUCAGCCUCCGGUUGCGAUUCUUAAUACUUUAUGUUCUAUUUGCAAUAUUAUGCUGUAUUUUGGAUCAACUUCCAGAAGAUCGUCUUUGAACUUUGAAGGCUUCGAACAAACUGAAUGUUUUUACCGAUGGAUGACCCCAUAGCAUUGUGUCUAUCUUGCUAUUGGCUGUAGUACAUGUACCAAAAAAUACACCUCGGUUUGUUAGUCUCGUAGUGAAUACAAUCCUUGGUUAGAAUCUGUUCCACGAAAAACGUUUUCCCACAUUGCGUGUGACAAAACAUAGCUUCUGGAAAAGGUUGUGUUGUCAAGGUAACCUAUUGGUUCAAUUUAGGUCUCUUGACAGCGGGUGUCGUUUCGUUCACCGAGACCAGGGUGAAGGGAUAGUGACUCAUUUUGGACUGCAUGUGAUUUGCCUUGUUCAGAACAAUCAUGAUCCUUAUUAUAACAGGUGGAACCCCCCCCCCCCCUCCCGCCUCCCGAUAUAGUGAAGAUCUAAAUCUGUUAUUGAGUGAUUAUGAAGAAAGGAGUAAUGGCUACAGUUAGAUCACUGUUGAACAAGGAUGGUGAUGAUGAUGACAUUGGUCAUAGCCAUGCUGACGACUUUGACAGAAUGCUAUAGUUAUUAUGAUGAUACUUGUUUUUAUUAAUAGGAAGAAGAGCCUCACCAAGAUUCAGAAGAAUUGAAAGAUGAAGACAUUCCACCUCCAUCUGGACCUGAGGACGAAUGGGUUGACUAUGUGGACUCACUGGGUAGAGAGAGAAGGUGUCUGCGUAAGGAUCUUAAACAUUUGCAAGAUAUGGACAAGGAUAUGAGUGCAAGAAAGAGUCUCCCAACUCUUUUAUCUGAAGACAUGAGGAGAGAACUGAUGAGGCAAGAGUGGGAGAAAGAAGAGGAAGAAGCCAUGAAUAAACCGGUUGGACCGGUUCAUUAUCAAGACACACGCUUUAGUGAAAUUCGCAAUCAUGGUGUGGGUUAUUAUCAAUUUUCAACCAGCGAAGAACAAAGACAGGAACAGAUGAAGACGUUAGAUAAACUAAGAGAACAGACAAUGGAACAGCGAGUUCGGACUCAGAAGUUGAAAGACAAACGGAAAGCUGCGUUGGACGCUCGUCUUGCUAAAGUGCGAGAAAGGAAAUUAAAAAAGCUUAAAGCAUCGGGGGAGCUAGACGAGGAAUCAAACGAGGACAGUGGACAGACGGAAGGGAAAGAAGAGAAAUUGUUAGGCAAUGUCGGGCAACCGACAACAGAGCAAGAUGUUAAGGGAGGUUUGCCUGAUCCGACAACAGAGCAAGAUGUUAAGGGAGGUUUGCCUGAUAGAGAGAACGACGACGUUGUUUCGGUGCAAAAAGCUGAAUUACCGGAAUGGGCGCAACACAAAAUAAAGCAACCUGAUAAACCGCGGUCAUCAUCACACAAUGAUCCACGAUCCGAGCGAGAUCAGCAGUUUGCACCUCCCACCUUUUACUAUGAAGACAAUGCGAGACAGAACACUAAAACAACUUGGACGGAAUCCCCAAAACUGUUUCAUCAAAAGAACGAAAUAAACAAUAAAAGACAUGAGCCACAAACUGAACGUCGCGAUAUACCUCAUCAGGAAUUAAAAAACGAACACAAGCCUCAAGAACAACAGCAGUUACAACAACCGCCACUCGAGCGUCUACCACCCCCUGGGUAUCCUCCGUUUCCACCUCCCGCACAGGAAUUUGUUCAACCGCCGUGGACUGGAUACCAGUGGCAUCCACCUCCAAACAUGCCACCACCGCCACCUCACCAAGUUCCAUGGCAACCAAAUUUUCCUUUGAAUGUUCCACCACCUCCUCAAUCGCUAUGGCAACCAAACAUACCUCCAUGGCAACCUUACCAAGGCCUGUAUACCAGGAUGGCUAUUCCUGUUUCCAGUACACACGCGGCCUGGAGUGGGAAUCCUUCAAUUUCUAACCCUUCCCUCCCUGGGAAAGAGGCGUCUACGGACGGUAACAAAACAAAAGCUGUAGAGAAUUCAGAUACAAAGAUUGAACAUGAUCAGAGUAAGGAAAGAGCAGUGCCCACAACACAAGAACUGGCAGGCUUUGUAGCGCAAUGUCGUUCAAGCACUUGAAAUUAAGUGCCAUGCUCAAAAUAUCAAUUUUACUUUCUGAAUUCCACCAUUUCAUUUGACUAUAGUUCUGAGAAUUUGGGGCAAUAUCAAGACAAUAUCCUCCAGUUGACGAUUUUAUUGGACAACGUGAGAGUUGAAGGUUUAGCGGUUAUUCUCAACUUUCCGUUUCAGCUCUAAAGAGCUAGCUCAUGGGACCAACUUCCGUUUCGCAGCUUGCCACGCUUACCAAAACAACAAAUAUUAGAAUAAAUAUAAUUUAACGAACAGGAAUGGUAAGAAGGUUUAUCUGAAACACGGUGUAAUUUAAAGUUUGUCGCUUUUUAGAUUUUUCUAAAUUAUUUUCUGAACAAAAUGCUGAACUUUAUGCC